AUGAAUAAACUAGAUUCCUAUGGUGAUCAAGAGAAUAAAAGAGGAGUAAAGAGAAUAAAAUAUAUUGACUCUGUGGAGUAUAAAGGUUUAGAUACUAGUAUGUGCAUUGAAAGAGAAAAUGAUAUAGAUAAUAAUAAUAAUAAUAUUGCGGAUAAAGGUUGUAGUAGUAGAAGUAGUAGCGGUGGUAUUUCUCAAAUAAAUAAUCACAAUACAAUUAAAGCUACUAAAAAGAGAUUGGCCCAUGAAAUUGUAAAUGGUCAACAAAGUAAUUCGGAGGAAUUGAUUGUUUCAGAUGCCAGAAAAGAAGUGGAAGAAGUGGAAUUAGUUAAGCCAGUGGAUGAUCAAGGUUGUCCAACAGCUAUUUCCGAUGAAGCAACAGCUGGCGGUUGCUAUGUCUCUUAUAGAGAGGAUUACAAAGACCGACUGAAAUACAAAGAUCAUCACCAACACCGGUACGAUCUUUAUAUUCAUUCCAAUUGGUACAAUGGAUAUAAAGAUCGAUAUAAAUACAAAGAUAUAGAUAAAGAAAUGAGAUAUUCAAGAUCAUUUCGAUAUUCUUGCUAUCUCUCACUCUCACUAUCACUCUCAUUUUAA